AUGGUGUCUCAAACUUUGACGGAAAAUCGUGUCUUGAAAACUACAAAGGCAUUUGCAGUUAUUUUUGCUGUUACUAAACUUUAUAAAUACUUGUGGGGUAGGACAUUUGUCAUUGCUACUGAUAACUCAGCAAUUCAAAGAAUUUUGACUCCAGAGAAAGGCUUACCUUUAAGAGCAAAUCAUAGAUUGCAGCAUUGGGCUACCAUACUUCAAGGGUUUAAUUAUCAUAUUGAACAUCGUAAAGCUUCCUUAAUGUCAGUUCCCGAUGCUCUACCUCACUUGCCUUCUCCAGUCAAUCUCAAACUUAUCUCUCCCCUCAUCAAACCUCCUAUCACAGUAGAUGAAGUUUCAGAGCAUUCAUUAAAAGAUCCAACCUUACUUAAAGUCUUUGAUCUUACCUAUCAUGGGUGGCCCGAGCACAAUCCUUUCCCUGAUCAUUCUGAGCUUACUUCCUAUUUCAAACUGCGUGAUGAAAUUUCCAUCCAACAGAAGUGCCUUAUGAUGGGAAAUAGAGUCAUCGUUCCUCCUAGUCUUCGAGGCCAAGCCCUCACUAUCCUUCAUAUGGGUCAUCCUGGCAUCCUCAUUUCUAAGUUACUA